UGGGGAUAUUACUGACGCGUCGGCUGCACUUGUAAACUUUCGCUGUUGUUUUCCCGUUAUUCAAAAGUGUUACGCUGCUCACUGCUCAGUCACUGUUUUCGGGGAUUUAGUGCAUAGAUUUUAACUUCAUCUGCUGUUAUUUUAUUUUUAUUUGUUGUAAUAAAUUAUAAGUGUAUAAUACAACCAAAAUGGGCAAGAGUAUGAUCCUCACUUAUGUUUUGUGGCUAGUUGGAGGAAUAUUUGGUCUGCAUCAUUUCUAUCUUGGACGUGAUUUACAAGGAUUUCUAUGGUGGUGUACUUUAGGAGGAUAUAUGGGGUUUGGUUGGCUUCGAGAUAUAUUUCUAAUUCCAAAUUACGUAGCGGAUGCCAAUGAAGAACCAAAGUAUGUGAAGAAAUUUGUUGAAAACGUCCGAGCUCAUGAAAAGCCUCCAUUCUCGACUACAAGAUUCGUUGGGAUGACAAUAAUUGGAUAUGUUUGGAGCGCAAUUAUGAGUAUGGCGAUACCCAACGAUCACGUUUGGGGCUAUAGCUGGCAUUGGUUGCAAAUUCUUAUACCUCUGGCUUGUGCAUUAGGAGUGUGGUCGGUGGGGAACAUCGGCCACGAAGAAGGCUCGCUGUGGUGGCCCCUGGCAGCUGCCUACCUCACAUUCCCUUUGUACCUGUACGAUAGUACCGACACAAUGUUCACCAUCAUGGUCGUAGCUUCAGCAUUCGCCUUUGAUGUCAAAGCUAAGAAAUGGAGAAAGAAGACUAAGAAGAAGAAAAGCUUAAAGAUGCGAAUCCUGAUAAUCUCGGCGUGUGCUCUGCUGUACAUGUCGUUGUGGUGCAGCUACUUGUACUUCAAUGCGAAUUUGAUCGAUGAGGACGGGGAGGAGAUCCCCCUGCACGAAGCCAUUCACCACUUCAUCCGGUCGCCGUGGUGGACCGACCUCAAGCAGUCUCUCUACGACACCUGGGUGUUCGCACAACGCAACGGCUGGAUUGAAACCUGGCGACAAGUGCUCGAAAUGUCUGACCUCAAUGGCGAACAGAAUGCCUACAAGGUGCUUGACUUGUCGACAAGAGCCAAUCAAACAGAAAUCAACUCGCGCUGUCGCAUGUUGGCGGUCAAAUGGCAUCCAGACAGAGUGAAAGAUCCUAAAGAGAAAGAGCAUGCGCAGGAGCAGUUCUAUGAAGUGCAGCGGGCUUGCGAAAUUCUGUCCACAAGUAAGGUGAAGAGGCGAAGGAAGAAUAAGAAGUAUACCGACGAACUUUAAUCAGGUUCACUGGAAAUCUCCAAACACUCAUUCAGGUCAGAUCUACUCAACUUGACUUCAUUUUAUUCAACUUGACAGCAUAAACAGGUUACACUUUUAUGUUAUAUCGUGGUAUCCUUCAGGUUUACUCAAAUUGUUAAGAGUAACUCAUAUGCUACAAAUAUGGACAAUAACUGAUAUGCGUGUUCGAUUAGGGUUCUAUCCAAUUCGCCAAUGUCUUCAUUACUUCAUCACUGAGUGUUGAUAGUAUGGAAUAUAUACCACAAACCUCUAUCAUUGUAUAGUUGUAAACACUACUUUAAAACUGCAACAUUACUUCACUGCGCAUGAGCAAUGGCAGCUAUAGAAAAAUAUUGGAAUGCUGCCUCCAAUGAAUGAGUAAUUUAAUUUAUGAAGUAGACCUCCAGUCAUUUUUAUAUAGGGUAGAUGAUCCACGCUGAACUUUGAGAUAAAUCAGUGACUGAUUGGAAUAACUUCAACUGCUGACAAAAAUAAUUCAUUUUUUAACUGAACCAACUUUGAUACUAUCUUCAUAACUUGGAAUCAGUGGAGACACCAACUCAUGUAUUUUUAUCAAUUUGUAUUAUUAUCAUAUUACCUGAUAAUUCCUAUUCAACUGACGGUGUAAGAAUUAAUUACGGUAAUCCUGACAUUAAAACUGACUUAUCAGAACUAUGUAUUAAUAUAUAUUUCACCCUUUGUACGAAUGUUUCAUGUUUUUUAUAAUUAAUCCGUCUAGUGAUUUUACGAAAUAAUAUUUAUAAAAAAUCAUUUACAAGUCAUGAAAAUGUAUUAGUUUUUCUUUCUUUUCAAAAAUUUGCAUUAAUGAAUCUCAUAAUUUUUAGCCAGCCGUUCAUCUCAAUUUUAUCACUGUUAUUCAACUUUUUAAAAAUAGGAUUAUUAUUCACAAGUUUGACUAUAGCUUUACUUCAUUGUUGUUUUAGUUAUUUAUUUGUAAGAACUUUUGAAGUUUAUGUUGAGAAGUUUUCUAUUUUCAUUCAUGUAUUAUGUAAGUAAAAGUCUGAAGUCUAUCUUCAAUACAGAAUCCCAUUCUAUUCUAAGAACUCAUCAACCAUCAGGUUUAACUGUGAGUCAGUACUAUCAUACUACCAUUCUAUUGAAAUUCGUUAGACCAAUUCUGUAUUUUAUCAUUCCGUUCUAUGAUUCCAUUGAUAGUAUUAUUAACAUUUUACCUAGCCUCAUACAGUAUAUUAAACUAUUUGACUAUUUUUUUUUUAAUUUAGAGUCAAAAACUCGAUGACAAAUGUAUUAUAUAAUUUAUUGUUACGUUGUUUUUGUUAAAUAAAUCAUAGUUUAUUUUAUA